GCACUGCCGCACUUGACCCUCGCGCCCAGGCGGCCCACGGGCUGCAGGCAGUGGCGGGCAGCAGGCCGCACGAGGCAGCGGCCACCGAGACGGGGUGGGCUGCGCGCCCAGGCCACGCCUCCCGGGCCACGUCAUGAUGGCAGGCACUGAGAUCUCUGUCCCUCCAGAGCAGUUUACCAGAAUCAAAGCACUGGAGGUGAUCCCAGAGGUCCUAUUAGAGGAGGAGGAAGACGGAGGGUGCGGAGGGAGGGAGCCCCCAGGCCCCGGGGACGUGCAGGCCCCGUGCCCCUACGGGCCCCUCCCGGCCAGGGUGCCGGAGGGAGAGCAAGAACCGCCACUCACCACAGAGGAGAGCGAGAAGCACAUUCUGACCCUGCAGACGGUGCACUUCUCCGAAGACGUGCAGCUGCAGGACAUCAGCUGGCUCAGCCCGCAGCCCCAGGAAGGCCUGCAGGUGACGGUCCAGCAGGCCGGCGGCGGUGGGCUGCAGUCUCUGCUGUGGCCGGGCGAGGGAUCCCAGCAGUGCGUCGCCAUUAGCAUCCAGGAGGGGGUGUACUCGCUGCAAGAGACGGAGGUGAUGGAGCUGCACGUUCUGGAAGGCAGCAUGGCCGUGGCCAGUGAAGAGAGUAAGUUUGUGGUGAGCCUGGCUGAAAGCGCUGGAUUGCUAAAGCUUGCGAAAGAUCAGGAGGAGGGCCAGCUGCUGGCUGAAGGGGGACCCGAUCCACAGGUGGGAGAGCAGCUCUUUUUUGUGGAAGCGAAGCCUGGAGAUGAAGGAAGAGACGAAAUUGUGCUGACCGUUUCAGACUUAAACGUGGAAGAACAAGAAGAUAAACCUGCAUCAAGUCAAGGACAUGUUGAGAAAGCCACCUCUACAAAAAAAACAAACGAGACGAAGGAAAUAAAACGAACCUUCCGCUGUGAUAGCUGCGUGUUCACCUCUUCUAGAAUUUCGAGUUUUAAUCGUCAUAUGAAAACUCACACCGCUGAAAAGCCCCAUAUGUGCCACCUUUGCCUGAAAGCCUUCCGCACUGUCACUCUUCUGCGGAAUCAUGUCAAUACCCACACAGGAACCAGACCCUACAAGUGUGGUGACUGUGACAUGGCAUUUGUCACCAGUGGAGAACUUGUCCGACACAGACGUUAUAAACACACUCACGAGAAACCCUUUAAAUGUUCCAUGUGCAAGUACGCCAGUGUGGAAGCCAGUAAGCUGAAGCGCCACAUCCGUUCACACACGGGGGAGCGCCCCUUCCAGUGCCUUCUAUGCAGCUACGCCAGCAAAGACACCUACAAGCUGAAGCGGCACAUGAGGACGCACUCAGGUGAGAAGCCGUAUGAAUGCCACGUGUGCCACGCACGCUUCACCCAGAGUGGCACCAUGAAAAUACACAUCCUACAGAAGCACAGCGAGAAUGUCCCCAAAUACCAGUGUCCGCACUGUGCCACCGUCAUCGCAAGGAAGAGUGACCUGCGUGUCCAUCUGCGCAACCUGCAUACUUACAAGGCCACAGAGAUGAAGUGUCGCUGUUGUUCUGCUGUCUUCCAUGAACGCUAUGCCCUCAUUCAGCACCAGAAGACUCAUAAGAACGAGAAGAGGUUCAAGUGUGAAUACUGCAGUUAUGCCUGCAUGCAGAAACGUCAUAUGACCGUUCACAUACGCACCCACACUGGAGAGAAGCCGUUCCCCUGCCUCUCGUGUGAUAAACGUUUCCGACAGGAGCAACUUCUAAAUGUGCACUUCAAGAAAUACCAUGAUGCCAAUUUCAUCCCGGCCGUUUACGAAUGCCCCAAGUGUGGCAAGGGCUUCUCCCGCUGGAGUAACAUGCAGAGACACUCGGCGAAGUGUGGCUCGGGGCCAGGAAAGCCAGCUGCCUUGGGGAAAGCGAGAAGAACCAAGAGAAAGCCAGCCGUGCCAAAAGAGGCAGUCCAGGAAGACGAAGCUGCCGCUAAGGAGUUGCCCGCCGUGAGGCUGGAGCAGUGCCCGGGAGAGGUGGUUCCUGUCCCCUACGGAGGCGUCGCGGCUGAAGAAGUGACCUGUGAUGGCUAAGCGACAGAGAUUCAGAGUUCCUGUUUGCAGCGGUUAACUCUUCAAGUUAGAAGUUUGUAGCGUCUUCUUUGAAACAACUAAGUUCGUGACAGUGGAAGGUCUCGAUUUUUCCAAAGUUUGGGGUUAGUACUAGGAAUUGUUUGCCUAUUUUUUUUUUCUACUGGAUGGUUCAAAAAGCAUGACAACUAUUUUAUAAAAGGCCCGGAUCUUGAAUUGGGAGGAUAAAACCUCUAACCUAUGAAUUCAUUCACCUGAUACUGGUAGGGUGGCCUGCAAUGAAUGGGCAGUGAUUUGGGAGGGGACACUAGUUAUCUCAGCUCUAAGUACAGACUAUUUAGUGCUUCAGCCAACAGCCAAAGCUGGGAUACUUUAUGUUAAAUUGUACACACCCUUUAUAUUUCUAAUAUGAUUUUUUAAACCUGAAAACGUAAUUUUAUAUCCUUUUUUAAUACAGAUGAAUUUUCCAUAAAAUUUAAAGCUACCCUAAUACUCUUCAUUAGUUCUAAACUCAACAAGAAAGAUCUUAAUAUUGUGGGGGAAAAAAAGCUGAGUAGAAGAUGGAAACCUCUAGAUUAGACUAGAUGGUCAUGCGUAAUUAUUUUACUUUGGUCUACGAGCAAGGUUCACUUUUAGAGUUUGUAUUCUUCCUAAAUUAUGUUUUCUGGCAGGUAUGAAAUUUCCCUGGUGACAGUCCAUUGUCACCUACUAGGAUACAGUUCAUCACCCUUUUGUUUUGCGAAAACUUUGUUGAUACUUUUUUAAAUAAGUGGCAGAGUGAGGAGAAACAUAAUGAAAUGUGUACUGAUAAUGAAAUGUGUAUUUGUGAAGAAAUUGUACUUCGCAUGUCAUGCCCUGUAAUUGGUGAGUAUUUCUCCUUUGCCAGUUGAAGAGACUUUUCUCAGCUUCGAGCAACAUGCGAAAUGCCUCUUUGGUACUUAAAAUUCACUAGUACCCAUCUUUAUAAUGAUAUAUUUUUCAUACUUUCCUUCUUAGUCAGCAGCUGUGUUUGCUCUGAACUUUUCUCCCCCUAGUUUAAAAUCAUCCAUAGGUCCCAAAUUCCGUUUUUUCGCCUUUAUUGAGAUAUGAUUAGCAAAUAAAGUUGUGAGAUAUUAAAAGCGUGCAUCACGAUGAUUUGUUACACAGGUGCAUUGUGUAAGGACUCCCCCCACCCCACCACCCGGUUAACUAAACUCAAAUUCUUAAAAUGCUGAUCUGCUGAUCUUCAAAGUCCAAAAGCCCUGUAUAAAGUGAACACGUAGAGGCACUCUCCAGCUGGAAGGGCAUUUAUUCUUUUCAUCAGAGCAAAUUAAUUGAGUUCACAUGAUGAGGCUUAAAUUCUCCGUUGUGGGCUAUUGUGACACUUUGACUUUUUGUAACACCUUAUUUGUUGUUUAAAGCUGUUUUGCAUAACUCAAUAAAA